AUGACCCGCCCCCGCGAACCAGAAACAGCAGAGUCUGACGGAUAGCGCAGAAGAAAGGCAGGCUGGAGCUGCCCUGGGAAGUCAGGAGUCUGCCAGAGUCAACGCAGAACAACGCCAUUUCUCCACCAUAGGGAACAGCAAACUGAAGCUACAGAAUGGCGGUGGAUAUCUACGACUCUCAGUACCUGCUCAUCCUCGCCCCUUCCUUGGUCAUCGCCCUCAUGUUCCUCUUCUUCUGGCUCUUUAUGAAGGAAACCUCCUACGAUGAAGUGCUGGCCAGGCAGAAACGUGACCUCAAACUACCCCCUUCCAAGCCAGACACUCGUAAGAAGACCGAAAAGAAGAAGAGCAAGAAGAAGGAGAGUGCUAGUGUAGGUGGUGGCGGAGGUGGAGGAGGUGGAGGAGAGUCUGAAGAGGAUCUGCGUGACUUUGAUGUGGCUGAUGGUGCCAACAGCUCCUCUCUGGAGAUGGACGAGGAACCCGCACCAGUGUCAACUCCAGCCCCUGCUCCACCCACUCCUACUCCUUAUGUGCCUGCUUCAGUGUCACCUGAGGCUCCAGCUGGUUUGAGAGAGAGAAAGAAGAAGGAGAAAAAGGCUGCUAAGGCAGCAGCAGCGGCUGCCGCUGCAGCUGCAGCCGCAGCUACUGCAACCACAACUUUGACUCCUGAAGAGCCAGAAGUAAAUGGGUCUAAGCCAGUGAACCGCAAGGCAGAGCCACCUCUGGCCGUGAGCAAACAGUCAAACCCUCCCUCACCCCAACUUGAGGUUCAGAUUCAGGUGCAAGCCCAGGUUGCUGCUCCUGUUCAGGCCCAGACACCACCUCAGAUCUCUGGGAAGAAGAAAGAGAAGAAGAAACAAAAAUCAGAGCCUGUAGUGGAGGAUCAGCAGCCCGAGGCUAAGGUGGAGCAGGCCCCAGCUCCAGUCAAGAAGGAGGCUCCCAUUGUGGCUGAAACCAAAGUUCUUGACGGUGCACCUCCAAGUGCCGCCAGUGGCAAGAAGAAGAACUCUGCCAAGAAGCAAAAGACUGAGCCUGCAGAUGAAUCCUUGGCUGACUCUCCAACAUCUGCCAACCACCAAACAUCCCAUAAUGAUGAUGCACCGUCCAAAGGCACUGGCAAGAAACAGAAGAAUGAGACAGACAAAGAGAACACAGAGGUAAAGCUGAAGGAGCUCCUGUCUGGUCUGUCGAGUCUGGCUCUGUCAGAAGCAGAGGUUGUCAGUGUGAUGUCUCUUCUUAGAGAGAAGAGCCCUAAUGCUUUGGAUGCCUGGCACAAGCAGUCUGCAGCCAAGCCUGACCCAGCCACUCAGGAACGAGAGCGACUCCUUACAACACUUCAGGAGGAGGCUUCCAUUGCCAAGGACAAAGUCAAACAGCUCAGCCAGGAGCUUCAGGUUGAGAAGCAAAAAUCAGGCCGUGUGGAAGCCAUGAUGAGGGAGCAACGUGCUGCCAUGGAGAAGGAACUGGGGAGUAUGCAGGCCAAGGCACAGGGCAGUUACCAGGAGCUCCAGACCAUGCAGAUAAAGUUCCAACAGGUGAGGGAGCAGUUGGAAAGCCAGAUCACCCGACUGCAGCAGGAGAAUGGCAUCCUAAGGGAUGCAGUCAGCUCUGCCACCAACCAGAUGGAAAGCAAGAAUUCAGCGGAGCUAAAUAAGCUGCGUUCUGAGUAUGCCGGUCUGAUGAAAGAACUGGCAGACAACAACAGCAAGCUGCAGCAGGAGGAGCACCAGAGGAAGUCACUGGAGGUCAGCUACAAGCAGAACGUGUCCCAGCUGGAGGCUCAGCUUCAAGAUGCUAAGCGGCGCUGGGAAGAGUUACAGAAUUUCCUCCACAACGUCAAUGCUGAGAGAGAGAAACUGCAGGCUUCAAAGCAAGAGCUCCACAGCCAGCUGCUAGCAGUGGAGACAGAGAUGAACAACAAGAACAAGGAGAUCCAAACCCUUCAUAGCAGCCUGACUGAGGCGAUUGUCUCCAAAGAGAGGCUGGAACAGAGAGUGAUGGAGCUGCUGGAGGCAUCGCAGCACAGCAUGUCUGAUGACUCACUGCAGGCCCGUGCUCAGGAACUUAUGAAUGAAAACAAAGGCCUUCAGGUCCAGAACGAAACACUGCAGGCCCAGAAUGAGAGCAUGCAUGCCCAGAUCUCUUCCCAGGUCUCGCAUGUUUCCCACAUUGAGGAGCUGCAGAAGCUACUGGCUGAAAAGGAGCUUCAGAGAAAGAGUCUGGAAGACUCUCUAAAUGCAGAGAGGAGCAGUGGAGCCAGCAGAGAAACAAACAUGCAGGCCUUGCAUAAUGACAACAUGUCACUGAAGGCAGAGAUCCAGAAUCUGCAGGCACAGAUUUCUGAACAGACUGCCUCCCAGCUGGCUUUGGACCAGAUUCAGAAGAGUGUCCAGGAGAGGGAGGAGAACAUUAAAACAGUAGAGGGCUUACUGGAGAAGGGACUGAUCGAAGUGGCCAACAAAGAAGAAGAGCUCAAGGCUGCGAGGGAAGAGAGUGAAACACUAAAGCAAGAAUUAGAGGCUCUUAAGAGAAGGACAGAAGAGCAGGCCUCAUCAGGAUCGAUAGCAGAAGACCUACAGAACAAGAUCCGAGAGAGGGAUGUGAAGUUGAAAUCAAUGGAGGAGAGUCUGCAGGCAGCACAAGAGAGUAGCUCUGCCAGAGAGAAGACAGUUGAGGCUCUGGAGCAGCAGUUGGCUGCCCUGCAGGCAGAGAUAGAACAGCUGAGACAGAAAGAGACGCCAGAGGAGUUGACCAGUUCUGGUACCCAGCUCCAAGAGCUGCAGACUCAGUUGGUAGCAAAGGACCAGGAGAUCCAGACACUUCAGGCUGAGUUGGAGACUAGGACAAAGGAGUUUAGUGAGAGAGUGGAACAACAACAGCAGCAAACCCACACUGUAGUGCCAAGCCCAGAGCUUCUUACAGCGUUGUCUGAAAAGGAAAGGCAGAUAUCAGAUCUGGAGCGUGAACUGGCUGAGUUGAGAGACUCCCUGGAGCUUCACAGGAAGAAGAACAACGAGCUUCGGGAGAAAAACUGGAGUGCAAUGGAAGCUCUGUCAGCCACCGAGUCCAUGCUUCAAGGGAAACUCAGCAAAACUGUCAAGGAGAACCAGACAGCGCUGGCAUUGUCUCAGGCUGAGUGUCGAGAUGUUCUGCACAGACUUCUACCCCAUGUGCCUCUGCCCACUGAGCAGAACCACCAGGAGUGGCUCCAAAGGUUUGAAAAGGCAGUAGCUGAAAGCUCAGCUGCACAGUCCACCCCUGCAUCAGGGGAGUCUGAGGGACUGGCUGAGAAACUAAGGGAAGCCGAAGAAACCCAAAGGAUUUUACAGAAAGACUGUGAGACUUACAAGAAGGUUUUGGCAGAGACGGAGGGCAUUUUGCAACGCCUCCAGAACAGUGUGGAGCAAGAGGAGUCUCGCUGGAAGGUGAAGCUGGAGGUUUCACAGGGAGAGCUGAGAGAGAUGAGCCAGAAAGUCACAGCUCUGGAGCAGGAGAUUGAGAGACUAACUGAUGGAGCAGAGUUGGAAAAUCUGAGAAGAGAAAAGCAGCAUUUGGAGUCUGAACUGGAGAGGGCGGAGCGUGAGAGCGCCACCUAUGUAACGGAGGUCAGAGAGCUCAAAGAUCUGUUGACUGAAUUGCAGACCAGACUUGAUGGCUCAUAUGCAGAGACCAUCAGGCACAAUGAGGAGCUGAUUUUGCUGAAAGCUCAUCUUACUGAGACUCUGUCCAAGCUGGAGACAGAAGAGAACGAGAGGCAAAAGGUGGCAGGUGACCUGUAUAAGGCCCAGCAGUCUCUUGAUCUGAUCCAGGGCGAGCUCUCCAAAGUAGCAGACAACGCUGAUGACCUGAUUGAGAAUAGCACUCUGUCAUCUCAGAACGAGGAGAUUGACAGAAAAGAGAAAAUGACUGCAGGGCUGAACCAAUCGGUCAGAGAACUGCAGCAGCUGCUACAAGCCGUCAGCCGGCAACUCACCAAGGGACCGGAAGGGGAGGCUGACAAAGACUUACCCAAGGUAUAGUUGGAGGAGGAAAGACUACCCCCCCCCCCCCCACGCAGCCAGCCUGACUGCACUACCGAGACCACCUUUGACCUUCGGUCUCAUCACUACCACCAUCACACCAUACUGUCACACCCACCCACCCAGUCACCUCCUCCCUUCCUCAUCUGUCACCUCACCUGUUCUGUAAACAGCCUCAAAGUGAUCCAGGCUACAUUCGCCAGAAACACCUCUUCCAGAGUCACUGUUGGGAGCAGGCAGAGGUUGCUGUUAAUUCCAGACACCGUACCAAAACACACUCUCAAACUAUUUCACUCCCACCACAUUCCUCUUCUUCAGCAGCAUCUCAAGUUAAUUUUUAUUAUAAUCUUAAAAAUGACAACUUCAAACUGUGUGGCAACCAUUCCUCUGUUUAGAGCACUUGUAUUUUUCAAUGAAAUCCUUCUGAAUACUGCAGUAGAUUUUUUUGUUGGUGUAUUUUGUCUCAAGAGGGCAGUGAUACAAAUUCUCAACUUGACUAAAUAAACUUUUGGUUUUCAGUUCUCUUCUCUUAACUUAAAUAUGUAUUGUUUAAAUGUAUGAGUUAGGACCUGCUGAAAUACAUUGUUGUUGAUCUGUUUUUUUGACCAUAAAACUAUCACAACCUGUGCAUCAUUGUACAUUCAUGAAAUACAUGGCUCCAUGGCAUACCUGGGCUCAGGACUGGGUGGGAGAAGGGAGAUCAAAAGGGGUCUUAGCAUAUCAGAAGGGUCACUACAUGGAGAUGUAUGGACAGAGUCUACAUAAGUCUGUGCUACAACUCCAAACAUAAGGGAGUCUGUGACCCUGGCUGUAGAAGGAGAAGGCCAGGUUAACAGUGUAGAGGUUUUUAAUCCUAUUGCAACUCUAGGAAUAAGCGUCCCAUAUCAUCUGUAAUCAACACUCGCUAUAUUGUUGCUAAGUUCAUUAACACUGAAGAUUUUGUUCUUUUUGUAACAGGUGAUGUUAAUAAAAGGGAUGCUUGAUAAAUCUGC